CCGGUAAUCCCUGUGAUAUAAAAAUCUACCCUUAAUGAUCUAAGGACCAUAUUCUGAUCGCAGCCAUCCACAGUAAUUUGGGUAAACUCCAUAUAUACCGGUACUAAUUUGGUAUGGCCGAAAUAAAGUCAAGGUGAGAUCUGAGAUGAUCAGAAAUACGUACAAACGGUCAACAGAAUCUUGCAGACAAAACUAACUGUAUCUACGUACGUUUGUUUUAACAGAUUCCCCCACUCCCAUUGUCGUCUCAACACCUUCAAUUCAUCCCUCUUCUCAAAUCAAUUAGCUGCUAGCUAUCCCAUGGAACAAAGAUCGUCGUCAUCCACCAAGAUCCUCAGAAGAUCAGUCUUCACAUUUCUGCAGAACUACCAGUACUUCACCACCACAGCAGCAUUCCUGGCUUUCCCGUUUGCAGCCUCACUUCUCCUUCUCCGAUCAUCCUUCCUUAUCCCCGCCGCCUCAUCCUCCUCUUUCCGGCGGCUAAUCCACGCCCGAAUUCACUCUCUUUUCCACGCUGCCGGAUUCCCCCCUUCCUCAAUCCUCCAAGCAAAGAUCUCCCAGACCAUCUCCAUCUCUGUUCUUUCCAUCCCUUCCACGCUUUCCUCAUUCCUCUUCUGCAAAGCCGCCGUGAUUCUCGCUCUGGAAGAUCAAGAACGCCCCAAGAACCCGCCUUUCUUCUCUUUUUUCAAAAUUUACGGCCCGUUAGUUCAUACCCAGAUCAGCAAUUCCUUACUGACCCUCUCUGUAAAUGCAACCUGCUUCGGAUUCAUGUUCAUAGCCUUCACUCUGGCUGAUGGGUUGGGCCUUUCUUACUGCUUCCCCUGGUUCAUCCCCUUUCUUUCUGCCAUUGGAGCUCUGGUUUUCUCCAUAGCUGUUGCCUGCACCUUCAUCAUCUGCAACCUCACAUUGAUUACAACAGGAGUGGACAAAAACAAUGGAGGAUUCAUCGAAGCUGUCAAAAAAGCAUCAUCUUGUGUUGUGAUGGUCAAGGGAAGGACGGGAACAGUUCUGUCAUUAGCUAUGUUCAUCAAUGUUGUACUUGGUGCAGUUGAGGCUCUGUUUCAGUACAGAAUAGUGAUGAGGGCUUAUCAUCAUGAAGAUGAAGAAACGAUUUGGAAUUUCCCAGCGGCAGUGGGAAUGGAGGGAAUGUUGAUCGCCUAUUUGUACGCUCUUGUCCAUGUUCUUGACACCAUUGUUGGCUAUUUUUUUCUUCAGACAUGUCAAGAUGGAAGCUUGCCAUCCCAGCUGCCCAUUCAAAAAUUGUUGGAGAAGAGUUGCAAUGCUAUAGUUUAAUUAGUUAAAAAAAAGAAUCAGAAAAAUGUUUCAUUCAGUUCAGGUGCAUGCUUACAUCCGCCGUCAAUUCAAUUCACAUUAUAAAUGACAAAUAAACAGAAAAUAUUUUUCCAAUCCGUUUUUUCUCUUGUACAGAGAUAUCUGUUUGAAGUAACAUACUUGUAUGUACUCAAUGAAAUCAUUAAGACGUGU